CUGACUCAAGAGGCCCCCGGAGCAGCAUGACUUCUAUAAAUGUGAGGUGUUGGGCCCCACUAAGGUCCGCCUUAACUGCCCACCCUUCCUCCUUCUCCUCCUGUCCCUGAGCAACCUACACCAACCCCCACCCGCUUAUGUGUGGAGGUUCAAGGUCCAUGAAACCUACUACCAGAAUGGCAAACAAGUCACCCGGCAGGUCUUUGCUGGCUGCCGUCCCACUCACGACUUCUUCAAGAACCCAAGGGAAAGGUGAAUGUCAGCCUCCUGUAGCUGUCAUUCCCCUUUGGGAACCUGAAACUCCCGAGCCUGCCCUGCCCCCACAGAUAUGCUACCAGACCAGUAAUCCGGUAACCGGAGGGCGAGUCACGUGGAACUGCACCCAGAACUACACUGCAUCCAGCCUCAACAAGGCCAGUCCGGGUACCUUCUUUUGGUGCAAUGGCACCCUCAGUAACUGCAUGAACUCCUCUGACCCCGGGCCUUGCUUCCUGGUCACGGUAGUUCCCCAACUAACCUUGUAUGGAGAGUUGGAGCUCGCCUGGCUGCUCCCUCCAUCCCGCCACCGGACUCGCCAGGCAGCCUUCCUCCCUGUCAUGUUUGGGCCCCCUGCCUUCUCAAGUUCAUCUGCUCCCAGAUCACGGAGAUGUCACGGGUGACUGUGAAUCAGCUCCUGCUCCAUCCCUACGCUCGG